CAAUGGACUUUGUAAUUGUGAAAGAAUAUAAGAAAAUAAAAUGAAAGAUCACUUCCAUACUCCUGUACGUCCAAAAUUUGAGUACGAUACUGAGUAUUCCAAUACAUAUCUACACUGUAAGAAAGGCUCAAGGUCGAUUUCAAACUACAGGACUAAUUCUAGACUUUUUAAUCAUGGACAACUCACCCUAUCUGAAUCGAAGAAGAAUCGGGCUUCACCACAUCCUGAGAUCAGGUAUCUCCCAAUAGUUCCUAAAUAAGGGCGUUGCUAAUGAAUGGGCAGCGAUCCUAAAGCUCAAAGAUGAGAAAGACAAACAAAAAGACCGAAGAGAGAAAGAGCUUAUCAGACAUAAGCAGGUAGAAUACCGUGCUGAGCUUGAAAAUCAAAUAAAACUUCAGAAAUCCCGUUCAAAAUCUAACAUGGACAGCUACAUCGCUGAUCAAAAUGAUAGGGAUCAUCGAAACCAGGUUUUUGAGAAAUAUGGCUGCGAGAUUGGCAAGGCUAAGAAAGAAAUUAAGUGCUUACCUCUGUAUAAAAACAAAGAAAAAGAAGUUCUCAUUGCUAAAGAAAGUAUGAAAGAAGUACAGAAGAGAAACCAAGAGAAGAAGGCUAUUAACAAAUUAGAAAACGAUCAAUUCAAGCUUGCAAUGCUUCAUAAUAACAGAGUAGAGACCGAGAGGAUGGCUACUAAGCGAGCGAAGAAACUACUUACUCAAGCUCAGAUCAGGAAUACUCUUGAUAAACAACUCGAAUCCAAGAGAAAAGCUCUGAAGCAUGAGAAAGAGCUUGAUAAAAAGAUCUUAGGAAUUGGGCUCAAACAGGAGGAAAAUAAGGAUCUCCAAAGAGACUUGUUUUUCUCUAGAUUAAGAAGAAUGCAGGAUGCAAACAUAAGUAAAACUGAAAAACUCAAAGCCAAUGAUGUUGCAAAGAAGGCAGCAGAGAAGGAUAACAAAGAAUUUAUGAAGAACAUUAAAUCACAAGAGAAGAAAUGGGAAGAACAAGAGAAGAAAGAUCAACAGAGAAAAAGACAGAAGAUGAUAGAAAUGCAGCAAGGGCUUAACUCCCAGAUAUUGAAGAAGGCAAAUGAAAGCAAGCAGAACAAAAAGGUUGACGAAAUGUAUGGCAGGAUGCUUAAGGAAAGAGACCAAAUAGACCUCUUAAGGGAGCAAGAGGAGAAAAAUCAGUUUAGAGUUCAGCAGAAGCAUCUGUAUAAGGGACUUAAUGAUCAGAAUAAGCUCAAUUCUGAUAAAAAUAGAUAUGAAGAUAUGAUGAGCGAUCAGGAAAGAAGGAUGAAUAAUCGAGAUCUCGAGGUCUAUCAAGGAAUAAAACCAGUCUUAACUUCAAGAAGGACAGGUAUCUCACAGUAUCUCAAUAAAUCAAUCAAUUCUGGAAGAAAUUGGCAGCGAGAAGAUCACCUUAUGCGACCUUCUGGGUCAAAUAAUUCGUAUGGAGGCCAAAUCAGUUUUGAUAGAAAUGAAAAACAAAAUGAUCUUCGGAAUAGUUUAGACAUUCUCUAUGAAAGAGGCAGGAACAGAAACAAUAAUUUUACGCUUUUAAAAAACAAAAAUUCUUCAAAUAUUCAGAUAAGCAGUAGUCUUGAAAAAGACCCCAUGAGUUAUAUCCAGAAAAGUGAAAAAUUAUUCAGAAGCACUAAUACUCAAGAUUAUGAUAAUACCAAAUCUCGAGAAGCUCAUAAGUCUAUGUUCAGAUCUACGCCUCUUAACCAGAAAGGAUUUAGCUUAAAAGCUACACCCAGGAAGUACAAGAUAGAUUGGCCGAUUACAUCAAAGAUAUUUUAGAAAGGUUCAAAUUUGAGAAAAUAUAAGUGAAUUGAGCCAAGCGCAGACCAAAAGAAGGAAUCGACUCUUUGUAAAGUCAAAACGCUCUAUUUCUAAGCUAUAUAAGUCGUCAUAACCCUAAUAUUUUAAUC